UUCCGGAUUGCUUCCUGCCCUGAUUAAAGAAACGUUAAAAGGUUGAAAGAGUAAGGAAACAGAAAGAUUAUUGGUCAAAUCUGCCUUUUUUUUUUUAAUACACGCAAGGCAUUAUCAGUCAUUACAAGGUUGCCUGUCUCAUGACUCUCUACACGUGUCAGGAUGGACAACCGUUGUUAUUGUUGCACUGCAAAGUUUAGUCUCUUCAAGAAGGAGCUCGGCUGUAAGAACUGCGGCCGCGCCUUCUGCUCCAGCUGUUUGACUUUCAGUGCUGUGGUGCCUCGAUGUGGAAACACCCAGCAGAAGGUCUGCAAGCAGUGCCAUGCUAAUCUGACAAGCGGAGGAUCUACUAAUAGUACUGGCAAAUGGUCUCCCCCUGAGAAUUAUAAAAAACGGGUGGCUGCACUUGAAGCCAAACAGCAGGGACAGUCGUCAAAGCCUCUUGCACAUGGAAGCAACAGAAACAACAAAGAAAGCGUCGUACCCACCAGAGGCCUGAGUAGAGAAGACCAGGCUAUUGCUGAAAGACUUCAGAAGCUGAAAGAAGACACUAAGCCAAAGUCUAUCCCCACUGAGAAAGAUCUUGAGUCUCGCCUUGCUGCUCUGAAAGCUCCCAGCCAGCCAGUGCCUUCUUUGGGGGAGAUGGAGGACCGUCUGGCUGUUCUACAGGGUCAACCUGCACCAUCUCAAGCACCUCCACCUGUGCACAAGCCUCCAGAUAACAGGACACAAACUGAGCAAGCCAAUGAUCUCUUAAAUCAGAUGACUGCGGAAGUUGCCAUUGACAACCAGCAAUCAAAUCCUGAAUGCAACGUAGAUGGCCGUAUGAAUGAUCUCAACAAGGGCGAGGACGGAACAGUGACGGAGAAUUUAGAGGAGAACGAAGAGGCGGUCAAGCAGCUCGAGGCAGAGAAGUCCCGUCUGCUGGAGGAGGCCAUGGCGGAACUGAGGAAUGAGCGCCACACCCAGGAUCAGAUCCUUGACAUGGCCAAGAGGCUGGCGCAUCUGAAGGGUCAGGACCCAGACAAAGUUACUAUGGAGGACUUUCAGCAUCCUGACAGUGAGGAGGAGACCGAGGAAGAAGCUGUGAGGAGAGUUUUAAAACAGCUUUCUGAAGAAGCUGCAUUGGAUGAGGCCAGUGGCUACAACAUACCUUUAGAACAAAGUGGACCAAAGAACACAGAGAAGAAGAAAACCUCAAAGAAAUCGAUCCACGCUCAAGCCACCAAGAGUCGGACUUCCUCAGCUGCUGUUGCACAUCAGCCUUCAGACAGUGACGAAGAAGAAGAGCUUCCCUGGUGCUGCAUCUGCAACCAAGAUGCCACCCUUCGCUGUCACACCUGUGAUGGAGAUCUGUACUGCAGCCGCUGCUUCAGGGAAGGCCAUGAUAAAUAUGACAGGAUGGAGCAUCGCACCACAAACUACACUGCACCGAAGAAGAAGAGGAAGACAUGAUAGUGAGUGUGUGCUGAAGAAGUUUGCCUUAUAAGACACCAGUCCGUUUGACCUGUUAGAUUUGUGCUUUAGACUUUAGAGACCUAUCAUAAGUGGUACAAAAAAAAAGACUCGGUAGAUUUAAAUACUACCUAUCAUCAUCAGAAGCAAGCAAGCAAGAUCCCUUCAUUUUGACACCCACUGACCUCAUUCAAUCAGUCUCGGUGGUUAAAACAUGCAUUUUGGAGACUGCACAAAGAGAAGCAUCUACUUAUUAACAGAUAAAGCAACAGUGGGUUAUAUUUAUGGCACAGAAAAGCUUAGAAGUAGUCAUAACUUAAUUAAAAAGGUAAUUAAUACUUACAAUGUGAAAAAUAUAGCUAUGAUUUCUGUCUGUAAUGUAUAAGAUUUAAAGUCUUUCAGAGGCUGCUACACAGUGUUGAUAUUCAGUACACUGCAUACUUAAGUUAAGAAGUUUUUUUUUUUAAAGGCACUUGUCCUACUUAGCAGAGGCAACAAAGGCUCAUCACAGAUGCACGUUGCAUUUGUCACCAUUUGAAUUAAAAGAAAAAAAUCUUGACUACGCAUACUGCAAGCAGACGCAUCAUGUGCUCAUCUGGGACGAUGUUCGAUCCCAGACUGCUGUCAGCUCUGAAGGAGUACAGAGGAGUCUGUAUAAAAGGAUUACUGAGGGCUUUGUUUUCUUUUGGCAGUCACUGCAGUCACUCUUGUAAUCUAUGUUUGGCUGUGAGUCUGACAUGAGUAUUGCCUUUCUUGUCCCUAUGUGUAAUGUCAUUAUAAAGGAUGCAGAAGUGUUAGGUGCUGUGUCACGUCUCUGAGGGAACGCUGCUUUGCUUUUUAGUUAUAUUUUUAACACCGAAGCCUUUUUUUUUUUUUUUCCUUCUUACCACCUCUGCGUGGGCGACAGUCGUGGCUGGAGAUGUUCGGUUUUAGAGUCCUCAGUCCUUCCUUGCCAAGAAUGCCUGGGAAGAUUAUUUUCAACUUCGCCACAAACUUCCACUUGGACUUAAAGAGGAUCUGACUUGAUUUUAGGGGUCAAAGUUCAGUGUGACAUCUCAAAAUCUAAUUUUGAGCCAUCACUCAAGAAAUUAAAAGUUGAUUUGAAAUAAUUUUACCAAAACCAAUAGUAGUACAAUUUUUUUAAAUAAUGAAGUAAAAGGUUAUAGAAAGGUUCCAAGCUGAACUUCACAGUGGCAUCAAAUUGUCCUGGAACAACCCUUUUUUCUCUCCUUCAUUCCUGUCCAAAUUGUGUGCUAGUAGUGAUGUCUCUAAAUCACCUAAUUUGCCACAAACAUCCUUUUGGACUUAUGGACAUUCCCACUGAUGAUAUAUUGUAUCAAAGUCCUAAGGGGAUUUGAUUGCAUUUUUUAAAUGUUUUUUUUUUCAUCUGACUGAACAAAGCCAUCAUCAAUCUAUGAGUAGUGUAGCAUCUCCCCUCACGCUGCCCCCUCAUAUCGGUUUGUUCUUCGGUCUCGAGAAUGGUCUACUAAUGAUCACAUCCUCUGCAGAGAAACGGAGUGACCUUCUAUGGUGUUAUGUCACCUCUGUGAAUGAUUGUGGUAUGACCUUUCCUGUUAAAAGUAGACACAUAUUUAUGCCAUUGUUUGUAAAGUAUUUUCACUACACAAAUGUAUCUCCCAUCCAGGCCUGUUACAUUCUCAUUCUGUGCGAUAUACUGUUGGAUAUAAACUGUGACUUGAUUGGCUGGCUGAGACAUAGAAAGAGGCAGUAAUUCUUUUUUUUCUUUUUUUUAUCACUGAUAUCACUUGAAAAAAACAUCCCAUGCAGUAUUGACGGCCUCUCUCUCAGAAAAGCAAGAUCAUAAGUGGGGGCAAAACCAGUAAAUGACUAUAAUGGAUCCUGUAGCCAAAAGACCCUCUGUGUAUGACAGAGAGAAGGCCGGAGUGCUGUUUCAUCAGUGUGCAUUACUGUCAAGCUAAAGGAGAGGAAACCAUAAUUACACUCUCCUUUGGGGGCUUUGCUCCAUUAAGGUUUGCAUGGAGGCUGUUACUGUGUUUGCCUUUUUCUGGCCAUGUCAGACACGCACCACAGACAGGAAAUGGAUGAGGAGGGUAAUGGAUGCAUACUUAAUGGACUCUUCCUGCUGCUGAUUUCCCUGUGUUUACUCCUAGAGCUGACAUGUCAACAUCUCCUUUUGUUUCCAAAAGUCUGCUGAAAAAUGUGCGCCCGAAAAAACAAAAGCCAGUGUUCUGUAAAAGAUCUGCUGAGAGCCGUACUACUGUAAAGUCUUCAAGUUAUCUCUGAACAGUAGGACAUGCAUUAUUAUUCUUUUAAAGGCUUUCAAGGCAAUGAGUGUUUUAAAGCAGUUAUAAAGGGGGAAUGUGGUAACAGGAUCACUUGAUUGGUAGUGUAAAUUGAUUAGCAUAAUGGACAAUGUCAAUAUUUAUUUGUAUCUGUUGAGUGAAUAAUAACUGAUGACACAGCACUGUUGGAUAACCACUAAGUCGGAAAUCAGAUGUGUCUUUUUUCCAUAAAGCAUCAACAGCCUUGUCUUGAAAAUGUCCCAUUUUAUUUUCAACAUACAACACUGUUAUCAGGGCAAAAAAAAAAAAGUCUUAUGUACAUAAAUAGACAACUGAAAAUGUACAGUCUUACCCACACACAAAAAAACAACAACAACGUCCAUCGGUACAGCUUUUUAUCAACAUGUGCAUUAUCGGAUUGUUUAUGGGAGAAAACAAAUGUAAUUGUAGUCCAUAAAUUAAAGUGAAAUAAUAAAAAUAAAGCCAUUCAAAACUU